AUGGUCUCUUUACAUGACGAAUCACGUUACAUUGCUCUCGACAUUUUGAAAAAACUGGGCUACAACCAUCGAGACGUAAAUGAUCUUGUCAGCGCUGUCGAGAUAUCUGGAACGGAUGAUAAGCCCUUCCUUCCUACCCCGUUUAAAGUAACCGAGUACAUCACUGGUUUAAAUAUUGCCAUUUCUGUGAUUGCCAAUCUGAUCUCACGAGACAGGCUUGGAUUUACCCAAGAUGUGUCUAUAAACACUGACCAAGCUACACUCACCUGUGGAAACCACUUUAUAAACGGCUGUGAUGGUUACGGAAUGGCUGGACUCAUCGCACGUAAUCGUGCGACUCUAAACCUUGACCCAGUAAUGAAGCUCAAAUCGCGAUGGGCAAAUCAGUGGAGUUCAUCAUUCAAAUGCAAAGAUGGAUAUAUCAUGACUUCACCCAGAUUGACCGAUACACCAGAGAUUGCUCUGCAGGCAUUAGGAUUCUCGGCCGACAAAGUAAAACAGUUGUGUGAAUGGGCCAUCUCUGACGAUGAAGAAGAACAAAUUAACUACUUGGACGCGGUUGAAAGGCAAUUUGAGACAUGGAAUGUGUAUGAGCUAGAACAGCACUUGUUCAAGAGUAAUGUCGGCGCAGCUGUCGGAUUUCGUAGUCUGGAAGAGCUGUUACAGUCGUCACAUGGACAACUGGCUUCUAAGUGGCCUCCUAUACGUGUUACUAAGGCCGAAAAUGAGAAAUGGGCUCCUCAACCGUUCUCUCCUUUGAAGAGAUCUAAGGACGGAUUGCUGGCUGGAAUCAAGAUCUUGGAACUAUCCCGAUUCGUCUUUGGUCCUGUAUCAGGCGGAUUGGCAACCGCAAUGGGUGCUAAUGUGAUUCGAGCAACUAGUGCUGCUUUGGACGAGACCUACUUCGGAUGGUCUUCCAACCAAGGCAAACGAUGUGUCUUUAUCGACCUCAAAUCCCAAAAGGACAUCUUGAGGAAGCUCGUUGAGGAGGCUGACGUAAUUAUCGAGAAUAACUCACCGGGUGUCAUGGAACGCAGUGGAUUGAGUCUAGACGAUGUGUUAGAUAUGGUCAAAAAUCGUAAAAAGGGCAUCAUCUACGUAAGAGGAAACUCUGCAGGCCAUGAAGGCGCGUAUAUGAACAUUCCUGGAUACGAUCAGAUCAUCCAGCCCCUGUGCGGAUUAGCAGUUGCCCAUGGCAAACAUCACAGAUACGAAGGACCUGUGGAUCCUAACAAGCCUAGCUUGAUCCCAUUCCAAAUCUUGGACGUAUCUGGUGGUCACCUUUUAUUCUUGGGAAUGUUGCAUGCUUUGCGACUGAGAGCAGCAAAUGGGGGCUCCUAUCUUGUGCAAUCAAGUCUACUACAAGCCGGUCUUCUGUUGCAAUCUUAUGGUACACAUCCUGCUGAGCUUGUUGAAGAGGCUUGGAACAAGUAUCAACCAGAAAAAAUACGUGCUGUAUUCAGUGAUCCUCAUGGUGCUGGAACGUAUUCCUACACAAUCAGAUUCCAAGAACAAUUGUUUAGAGCACAUAAGCCGUCUUGGAACCCAGCUCACUUUUACAGGAUCAAGGAUUCUCACUUUACGUCUCAUGAUCAUCCAAAUGGCGGAGCUGAACUGAUGCUAAUCAAGCCCGCUCUCAAGUUCUCUCACUCGCCAUUCUUUUACAAGGUUGCUCCUAGACCGUUUGGGUUUGACUCGGUGAUGGAGUUCCUGGAUUUGGAUGAUGUCGAGGAUCUCGUACAAGUGCCCAACGACGACGAAAUCGAUACCUUCACCGUAGAUCGAAGGAAGAUUGAUGGCGGCAGACGACGAGUGCAAGAAACCUUGAGUGUAAAGUUGUAA